UACAGUAGAAAACAACAAGCCACGAGAAAGAAUCACCUAUCUUAUGACACGUAUUCAAACCAAGAAGUUCUUGCUCUUCAUUAAUUAUCCUGGACAGUUCCCCUCAAUAAUUGUUAUUCUUUAUUUGGCUAUAAGUUCCCUUGCUCUCUUCUUUUCAUCGAAGUGAUCGGUCUUCUAUCGUUCUUUGCUUGCUCUUCACAAUCCAAAAUGGCUUCUCUCUUGAAGGAAUUGCCCUCAAUGGCUACAAUUCUCUCUGCGUACGCAUCCCUAUCCGGUUUAUCCAUGCUUAUCCGCACCAUCUUGAAUGAAAUGAUUCCAGGGGGUAUGCGUGACUACAUAGCUACGAAGUUCUCAGAUUUCUUUGCUGCCUACUUCUCCUCAGAGUUCACCUUCAUCAUUGAAGACCGAUGGCAAGCUGUGGAUAAUGAAACCUUUCGAGCUGUUGAGGUCUAUCUUCCAACCAAAAUCGGCCAUUCCACCGAAAGCCUUGUUUUAGGUACCAGUGACACGAACAACAUCACUGCCCCACCUAAACCAGGGAUUCCCGUUGAUGCUAAAGUAAUUGAUGUUUUUCAAGGUAUGCAUUUUGAAUGGAAACUCUGUGAGAAAGAAGCGAAAAAGUACUCCUAUCGCCAGAAAAGAUACUUCCAGUUGAAUUGCAAAAAGAACUACAGAGAACAUGUGAUGCAAAGCUACUUGCCACACAUUAGCAAGACUGCAGCUUCAAUCUUGGACAAGAGGGAGACCCUCAACAUCUAUACUUAUCAUACCCAAGAUUCUAUGUGGGAAUCUACAGUGUUUAAGCAUCCAGCUACUUUUGAGACUAUAGCAAUGGACCCUGACCUGAAGAAGUUCAUAACUGAAGAUCUUGACUUGUUUGUGCAAAGAAAGGAAUACUUUCGGAGUGUUGGUAGAGCUUGGAAAAGAGGGUACCUUCUUCAUGGUCCACCAGGGACUGGAAAAUCCACUCUCGUUGCUGCCAUUGCAAACUAUCUAAGAUUCAACAUCUAUGAUCUCCAGCUCCAAGGUGUAAGAAAUGACUCUCAACUCAGGAGGAUACUCACCUCCACAACCAAUCGCUCAAUUCUUCUUAUUGAGGACAUUGAUUGCAGUACAAAAAAUUCACGUUCCCGCAAUCAAACAAGGAAUCCAAAGGAAGAUGGUGAGGAAGAUGAUGAUGAUCAACGUGAUAAGAAGAUUUCUUUUGAUCCUGGGGUGACCUUAUCUGGUUUACUCAACUUCGUUGAUGGACUAUGGUCAAGCUGUGGGGAUGAAAGAAUAAUCAUUUUCACCACAAAUUACAAAGAGAAGUUGGACCCAGCAUUGUUGCGCCCAGGACGAAUGGAUGUUCAUAUUUACAUGGGACAUUGUACUCCCGCAGCAUUCAAGAAGCUUGCCUCUACAUAUCUUGGGAUUAAAGAGCAUGUCCUUUUCAAAUGCAUUGAAGAUCUCAUUCAUGGUAGAGUUAUUACCCCAGCAGAAGUUGCACAGCAACUUAUGAAAUGUGACAAUCCCCAGGUUGCACUUCAAAGUCUAAUUGAGUUUAUAAAUCAGAAGGAGACUACUGAAAUGAUGGAUAAUGGGGCUAAAAAGGAGGAUCAAGAAGAGGUCAUAAAAGAAGAGGUCGUGAAGUGUAGAAUUGAAAGCAUGAAACAGGAUGUGAAACAAUCCAAGAUUCUAACGACAUCCAUUUACCUGACCUAGCAAGAUGGUUUGUUUGCUUCCAUCAAGUAAUGUCUUAGUCCCUACUUAUUGGAUUUUCCUUUUGUGAGAUAGCUCUUGUUGCAUUGUGAAACGUGUUCAAUGAUCAAAGGGUUUUUAACAUGGUAAUGAAACUCAACCGUUAUAUAAUCUA